AAUCGGAAAAGGGAAAACACAAGUUUUGUCAAAGAAGGAAGAAGACGGCUUUUCAUAACUAUACACUUUUAAAGAGAUAUGUGACUGAGGACAACCCACAUUUAAGUUCAACAUUCCUGUCACUGUGCUCUAGGACAAUCUACCUCCUGUAUCACCAUGACACUGAUGGAAUUCUUCGGCUGUACUUUAAUUGCAUUUGGACCUCCCUUCGCACUCUUCCUGUUUACUGUUGUCCGCGACCCUCUCAGGAUCAUUGUUCUCAUUGCAAGUGGGUUUUUCUGGCUGCUAGCGCUGCUGGUCUCGUCCAUAUUGUGGUUUGCAGUUGUACCCUUGCGAGAACAGCUGGCCUUUGGACUUGUGUUUUCUGUCAUUUUCCAGGAGCUCUUCAGACUGUUGUUCUAUAAGCUAUUAAGAAAAGCUGAUGAAGGCUUAAAGAUGGUGACUCAAACAGAACAAGAUAUGCACUUGGAGCCAAAAGAUUUCACCAACAAGCACAUCAUGGCCUACAUUUCUGGGCUCGGAUAUGGAAUAAUCAGCGGGGCAUUCUCCAUCGUCAAUGUUUUAGCAGAUAUGGUUGGACCAGGAACUGUCGGUAUCCAAGGCGACUCACAUUUCUUCUUUGUUGUCACGGCGUUCCUGACAUUAUGCUUUGUCUUCCUGCACACUUUCUGGGGGAUUAUAUUUUUCCAUGCCUGGGACAAGAGCAAGUUCCAGUAUGUAGCUAUUGUUGUAGUGUCGCACAUGCUGGUGUCCUGUCUGACACUGCUAAACCAGAGAAGUGAGACUCACACACCAGCCUACUGGGGAAGCCUAGUACCCGCAUAUGUCAUCAUGUUUCUCACUGGUGGACUGGCAUUUAAAAUUGCGGGAGGAUCUAUCGCAAACAUAAAGGCAGCUAUCACAUGUUCAUGUAAGCAGACAUCGUACGAGAUCGACUAAAGACUGGACAGCUAGCUAUAUAGGAGCCGUUGUUGGAUUAUCUUCACAAAUUUGUUGGGUUUUCAUUUUAAAGAUGCAAGACAUUUGCAUGUUUUAUAAAUAAAUUUGUGUUUAUUUAGAUUGUAUGACUUUCGUAAAAAUGAAUUUGUUCACAGUAACAGUCUUUUUGUGUAAAAUGAAACGCUCGUUGUGUACUUGCUUUGUUUGUUUAUACAUUUACAAAUUACUGCAGUAAAGAUGUGUACAACUUAUAAAGUAAGUAACUCCCACAUAGAACACAAAACUUUGUAUCAACAAAGAAGCUUGUAAAAUGUAAAAACCAGAGAAGAAAGUAUUUGGUGAAUUUUUCAUGUUAUACAAUAAUACUGUUUUCGUUCAAACCACAUUAUACAAAGAAAGUGUUCAAUAUAGAUACCUGUGUCCUGGUCAUGCUUCCAUUUUCCACUGAUGGUAGUGUAUUGAUGAUGUCAUUGUGUUCCCGCUGUACAUUUUGUUGGAUAUGUCUUAUAUAUUAUGAGGUUGGUAAUAUAUGCUUGAACAAAUUUACAUUGGGUAAUAUUAGAAAGGAAAUAAAAUAAAAAUUUUUUUUGUGGAAAAUGAAAUAUAGUUUCAGUUCAGUAUUCAAAAGAUAAGUAUACAUUGUCUUGAUAUCCUGUCAUAGGUGAUAUGUAGGAUUGAUGGCACAUUUUCUUAACAUUAACUCAAAUCAUAGCAUACGCUUUGUAAUUAUAACAUUGAUCCAUUUAUGAUGUCUGUGUGGCCUUGACCAUUUGUGAAGUCUGUAUGACCUUGACAAUUUGUGAUGUCUGUAUGACCUUGACCAUUUAUGAUGUCUGUGUGACCUUGACCAUUUAUGAUGUCUUUGUGACCUUGACCAUUUAUGAUGGCUGUGUAACCUUGACCAUUUAUGAUGUCUGUGUAACCUUGACCCAUUUACGAUGUCCAUUAAGGCUUGAUUUGUUUGUUGGCCUUUUUGAUGGAACCCAGUGUUGUUUGUGCACAAGUACAUAUUUGUCAUCCCCCCAUGUCUUCUAUAUUUGUAUGAAGGUUUAUCAAUAUGGUAUAUAAGUUGUAAAAUAUUUGUCGGCUGGGUAUUGUAAAUACUUUAUCAGACAUAAACAUCUUAUGAUUUUAGAACUGGACAUCAUUCUACAAAAUACUGUAGCAAUUGUCAUGUUUAAAGGUUUCUCAUGCUUGCUUGCAAGACUGAGUUUUGAUAACCACUAGAUUAAUUAUGUACUAAGUUGCUGCAUAUGGGAAAUAUUUGUAAAUUAUAAUGUAUCAAUAGUAAAAAGGAAAUCUCAAGUGAGAAAAAUAAAAACAUGGAAAUAUAAGUAUGUUUGUAUAAGUAUGUAGACAGUCUUUGGAUUGAUUGACUUUUUAGUAGAAGUUGUGUAAGUAUGAAUUAAGUAAGGAAGUGUAACGUUUACAGAUGUAACCUAUGGAUGCUGGCAUCAUUUAGUGACACUUCCUUGCACUGUCAUCUUGUCACAUUCCAAGUGGUAUGCAGGCUCAGUAAAGAUUGUGAUGUUAUUUAAAUAAUGUGUAAAUUAAACACAGUGUUGGGUCAAAUGUUUUACAUACCACUUUCAAUUUGAGGUGAGUACGAUUAUUGAAGACUUUCAUGAUCUGCAACAGAUAUUGUUACGUUGCAGUGUUAUUUCAAAACAGGUUUUUAGUUUUACAGGAUGAUUUGGGGUUUAAAUGUUUUUUUUCGUUAUGAUGAAAAAGUGAUUGAACAGUAAACAAGCAUGUAGCCUUGCAUUGAAUUUCUUAAUUUUCAAAAAUCUUAUUUCACAUUGUAUUCAUAAUACAAUGAAUGCUGUUUGAUUGGUUUUAAACCUCCAGAUGUGUGUUAGCUAGAUCUAUUUAAAACAAUUUUGAAGAGGAACUUACAGUGCUCUGUACAUAUAUUUCAAUCAUAGCUUGAAAAACUGCGAUAGCAAGUAUUUUGCGUGACAUGUAUGAUUUAUGAGAACAAUUGCUAUUUGAGCAGUAACGACACAGUAGCAUAUAAACUACUUUGAUUGGUGUGUCUAAGCAUAUAACGUACAUGUACAGGUACUUUGUUUAUUGUUAAAUGCAUAUUGUUAUUGUGAUGUACCAUGGUAACAUUUCAUAGCUCCUUAUGAAACUGAUGCAUGGUGGGAGCCACUUACAACAUAACAAACAAAAGGACAACAUAUUGUUAGAGUUUGCCUCCAGUAAACCAGUAAUCUGAGCCCCUGAGAUAUGUCUGUCAAACAUCACAAUAGUGUUUCAAAAUAAUUGUACUGUUCAGCUUUAUCAGUUGUUUGGUAUCUUGAUUUCUGUUAGCGUCUGUAAAACAAGAAAUGUUUGUCCCCCAUUUUAUGACUCUUAAGGAACUCAGGGCUGAAAUGAAAAAAAUAAUUCUCCCUAGUAAUUUUGCUGUGAGAAAACAACAGCUGAGUAACUUCAACAUUUGACAAACAUGUUUUGAAAGAGGCAGUCCUGAAAAAGAAGCAGAAAAAAAUACAUUUAAAAUAAUUAAAUUAACAAAUAUUCAUCCUUUUUUUCUUCAUUAUAAUUAAUUACUCUGUUUUUUCAUCAAGCAUCAAUUAACUUGAUCAUCAUGUUUUGUCAUCCCUCAUCAUUGUAAAAUUGUAGUGAAAAGGCAGAUCAACCCCUGAUUUCUUAAUCUACAUCUUUUUAUCAAAAACGUUUCGACUAGAAACGUGUAUUAUUUAGUGAUUGCAUGUAUUUGAAUUAUUCUGUGAAUAUGAGUUAAACGAUUUAUAAAUUGAAUUGAAAUAUCCACCCUACAUUGGUAAGACGGUAAUCAUUAAUUAAUUAACCUAUUUUACGUAAAGGCAAGGGAGGUAACUUUAGCACAAACUACAGUGUACAGAUUCAUUGGAGAUUUUUCUCCCUCUAUUUAUAUUUCAACACUGCUAAGGAAAAAUCGGGACCAGUUACAUAAUAAGUAUGUAAGUACAUAUGUAUGUACAAAAAAUGUACAACCUAAAAAACAAACUAUUUAUGGCCGAUAUCCCUCGCCUGCUAUUGAUUUUCUAGUCAUACGAUGCUUGUUUUCCCCAGAGGAUAGAAUGGAAACUAAUGGAAAAUUCAUUCAAUUGUCAUCAAUAAAUGAUCAUGUCAAUGUAUAUAAUAUGUACAUGUACUUCCAAGAAUUUGGAAUAAAAAUAUUUGAAGAACA